GCCCCAGAAUGGACCUGGAGCAAACUUUUGGUGCCUUGCUAUCAAAAAAUGAACUCCUCAGGCAGGAAAAUGAUCAGUUGAAAUCCAUGCUAAGUGUAGUCAAGGAAAACAUAGACCUGAGAGCCAGGAUGCACUGCUUCAACAAUGAUACUAUGGAGGAGUUACCAGUUUGCUCACCAUCAGGAAGAAAACCAUCCAGUCUGUGGCAAACCACCGUUGAUGAGACUCACUUUAGAAAAGACCUGCAACAACAAACCAAAUUCAAACAUGAACACCGAACCUCAUCCCCUGCCGACUUCAAGUCUUUCAUACAAACCUCGGUGCACAGGGACACAAGUGAGAAAGAAGAGUCUCAAAGCUGCCAGGCUGAUAUUCCUCUUGAGGUCAAACACAGGCUGCUGGGAGAGAUUGCCUACCAACUGGAUGGGAGGAUUCUGUCUCAUGUCUUCCAGGGACAUAAAAGGCUCUACGGUUUCACACUACUCAACAUACCAGACAAGAUCAUAGAGGUUAGCACACAUCCGCUGACAGGUCAGGUGGAUGAAGGCUAUCGGCUUCAUCUCACUCAGAGGUAUACUGACCUCAUGGAACGGUUGAAACAGCUCGGGUAUAAAAUAACACUUCACCCUGCUUUCACUGAAUUUACUGUCAACACUUAUGGGAUCCUGAAGGAGAGGCCUGUUGAAAAUAGCACUCAGGCAAUGGACUACAACAACCCAGUCUUUCUGAGGAACCUGAUAGUGACCACAGCACCCAGAAAACUUCAGAAGGACCUGCUGCUUGUGCUCACCUGUCUCUGCAACGUGGCCAAGAAGGAUAGAAAGCCUCUUCUUCUCUGGAAAUGACUGUAUUCAAAGGCAUAUCAACCAAAUUUGCAAGCUUGCACCAUCCACAACUUGGAAAUAAACACUGACUAAUGAUAUGACAAGAUAAAUUUCGUUUGUUUACUUUUUGCACACAGAAACACCUGCCAUUUUACAGAUGGAUAAACAGAUGGUUGAAGGGAGCAAAAGAAGAAGAGUGAACUUUCAGCUCUCUUCAUCAUCCCAACCAAUCCCUAUUGCUGCUUUGUUGAUUUGGAAUUAAUUUGGUGUAAAUAACAAUGAACUUCUUUACUUUAAUAUACACACAUAUCCAAGUCAUGUAGUUACUUAGCCUUAAUAAGUUUGGUUUUGUUUGCAUAUAUUAUAUUAAUGAACUCAAUUUUAUCUGUUGUUCUUAUAUGUACCCAUAAACUCAAAUAUUCAUUUGAUGAUAUACUUAAGUCAUGCUUAGUAUUAUGCUCAAUUGAUGUGUUCAGCAAGUUAUGCUCAGUAAAUAUGUACUCUUUCACCAUACAUACUUUUUUCCAUAUUUUACAUGUAUUGUUUAUUGCUCAUCUUACAAGCUAAGUGUUAUAUUUUUAUACUCUAUUCUGUCAUGUAAUACUUUGAAAAGUAGGCCUUUUGUUAGUCUUGAUGUUUAAGUUGUUAUGUGCCAGAUAGCUGAGGCCUCAUUUUGUUUUAUUGGGUUCAUUUCUUUGGCACACCACCUUUGUCCCUUCCUCCCCCACACUGGACUUCCUUGUUGAGACCUUCAGGUUACAAUAAACUACCUUCAAGUACUCAUUGACUCAGUUUUAAUUCUUGAUUUGUCAUGUUACGGUUCCUGUCACCCCUAGCUCCAACUAAGGGACGUAACAAAGUAAAAAGGGGAAAUGUAUUUUGCUCAAGUUCUCUUGCAGUAAGCAGAUGUUGCGCAACAAGAUGCGCUUAGGGCCUCUUGUCUCUUUCAGUGUGUGGAUGUUGUAUAACCAGGUGCCCCCUAGCAGUUGUAGGUGCAACACGUUGACAGUGAUUUGUGCCUUUCCUCAUGGCAGUAUUUAAUGUAUUAUCCCAAAUAUGUACAUGGACGUGUAAACUGUGUUUCACCCUAAAAACAGAACUUUUGUCUAUAUAUGUACAUGUUUGUGAACAACAGGAUGAGUUAGUUCCUCUAUUUAAUGUAUAUAAGGGAGGCAAAAUGUAAGGCAUGAAGCUUCUUUUCCAUUUUCCUGAUGACUCUCAGCUUUUUCUUUUUUAUUUAUUUAUUUUUUUAAAUUUGAUUUUUAGACACUCAGUUUCAUCCAGAGACUAAUUUUCGUUAACCCAAAAUAAAGGGCUUAAACUUUUUUUUUUUUUUUUUUUUAAGACACCACAUUGUACACCAACCUGCUUGAAGGUAAGCCCCCUCCACAUGAUGGCUAGAGGUUAACUUCAAAUAGGGCUGAGAUAGAUGCUGGGAGCCCAAAGCAUUCUUUAAGGUUUCGUUAAGAACAGGCUGGUGUAUGCAAGGAACUGUCAAGAGUUCAUUUAUAUUAAGCUGACCAACUAUCGCGCUGUUCCUGGCAGUGAGGCCUUUCCCUGGCAUAUUUAGAAAAGAGGUACAGGAGGGAGGUCUCAUCCAUUUGGUUAAGUGUCUACCUGAGGUUCAUUCAAGGGAGUGAGAGUUAACCGCGUUUACCUCCAGCGCUGCUUACACAAAGGUUUGUUCACCUUUGGGAUCGGGCUUGCGGUGCCAUCAAGGCCUGGCAAUCCCGGUACUCCUGGUGUGGAAAGACACCCUGAGCUCUGGCUCCCCAUAAAAAGAGUCUCAUUUAGGGCAGUGGAAGUCCCCCUCAAAAGGGAGCGAAGGGUAUAAGGGGCGUUAUCAAAUUAAUUUGCCAUUCAUCAAACCACAAAUAAAUUCACUGUUACACAUUUGCUUAUUCAUGUACACUUUGGAAAUAUGCAUGGUGAAAUUAAACAGCCAUAAAGACA